AUUAUCAAAAGCAGACACAACACUAUUAUGUCGACAAAAAAUAUCGACAUCCUGUCGACAUUCAGUCGACAAUACAAACAUAAAUUCAAUCAAAUAACAAUUACACAACAUAUCGACAUACUGUCGACAUAUUGUCGACAUUCAGUCGACAAUACAACCUAACAAUCAACAAGUUAAUUUAAUCGACAUCGCAUCGACAUACUGUCGACAAGUCGUCGACAAUAUAGGGCAGAAAUACACUUAAACUACCAAUCGACAUUCAGUCGAUAAUGCAAACAUAAAUUCAAUCAAAUAACAAUUACACAAUAUAUCGACAUUCAGUCGACAAUACAACCUAACAAUCAACGAGUUAAUUUAAUCGACAUACCAUCGACAUACUGUCGACAAAUAGUCGACAAUAUAGGGCAGAAAUACACUUAAACAAUUAUGUCGACAUCCUAUCGACAUACAAGCGAUAUCCUAUCGACAUACAAAUUACAGCAAAAUUCAGACAGACACCCAAUCUAUCGACAUCCUAUCGACAUCCUAUCGAUAUGUCAUCGACAACUCUGUAAUAUACACAAAUUUGAUUGAAACACUAACAUCUACAACCUAAAGAUCACAAAAGCUACAAAAAAUCCACUAAUCUGAACAACAUGCAAUAAUUGGCAUCCAAAUCUAUGAAAAAUAUAUUUUUUCAAAAAAAAAUCUUACCUUUGACUGAAUUUGGUGGUGUAGGCGACGGUUUUUGCUCGUGGGUGGUGACGGCAUUUUCUCCUCGUGGUGGCGACGGCAGUUUUGCGUCGGUUUGGGUCGAAGAUCGACAGACGGUUUCGGUUCGUCGAUUGGGUUCGUGGGUUUGGUUCGUGGGUUGGGUUCGUGGGUGGUCGACGGCGGCGUGGGUUUGUUGGUUUCGUGGUCGACGCCGUGGGUACGUUGGUCUGGUUCGUGUGGGUUCGUGAAGAGAGCGAGAGAGAGGGAAAGUCUUUGAGCGAGAGAGAGGGAAAGUCAGAGAGCGAGAGAGAGGGAAAGUCAGAGAGAGAGUGAAAAUUUUAUUUUAGGGGUAUUUUAGGAACUUUUUCAAAUUAGAGGAAUCAAUUUGUUCAAAAAAUUAAUGAGUCUAAAUUUUGAUAUUGAGUAUUUUAUUAGGGCCAAAAUAUGAAAUUUCCCUUUUCAAAUAGGGAAAUGGAAAAGUUUGAGUGCAUAAUGUAUCAGUUACAAGAUAUAUAUAGGGCAAAUUACACACACCACUAACUUUUUCCUUUUUUUUUACUUUUAUACUAUUAGGCCGUAUAAUUUACAUUUAUACUGUGUAGUUUAUAACUUUUAUACAUUGGGCUUCAAGAUGUAUUUUCUUGUCACUUUAAAAUGUAUUUUUUUAAAAAAAUUAUAAAAGUUGAUGGGAAAAUUAAUUGUCACGUCAAUCAGUCAUAUAGAUAUAUAUUUAAAAAAAAACUAAUUAUAAAAUUUUUUAUUGUAUUGAAAAAGUUUUGAUGUGAUGUAUUGUCACUUUUGUGAUUUUUUUUUUUAAAAUAUAAUCAUGAAAAAACUUAAUACUAUCUUUUUUUUAGUAAUGUAUAAUAACUUUCAUUAUUUACCUCAUUCUUCAUUUAUAUAUAUAUAUAUUUUUUUUUUCAUUGUGUUUGGUCUCUCUCUCCACUAUUCACCUUCUUCUUCAUUUUUUUCUUUUCUUUUUCUCAAGUCUACAACAUUAUCCAAAUAAAAGCUAGUAACAAAAACAACAACAUGUUAAAGAGGAGGAAGAAGAAGAAGAAUCAGGAAAGAUAAGAGUGUGGUUGUGUGUGUGUGAGAGAGAGAUAGAGAGCUUGCUCUGUGAUGAACUUUUUGUAUAAAUCUUUCAAAAACUUCCACUAAGUUUAUGUCAUUCGGUGUCUUUGAUCUCAAAUCGUUAGCUCCAUCUCUACCGUACUUCCAAGUCCACCAUCUUUCUCCAACUUACCCUUUUCUGUUGCCGGUUUGUUUUAUUGUUGUUUUAAUGUUGUUUUCUUUCAUUUUUUAUCACAUUUUUCAAAAUAUUAUUAUACUGGUCUAUUUUAAAUAGUAAUAUGAAAAUAAUAAAAUUUGUAUGUAAGUUAUUUUUUUCAAUAUCGUAUGCUCCAAUAUAUGUUCAGUUUUUCUCCGUUGUUCCACUGUUGUUUUUUAGUUGGUCUGCUUCUUUUUAUUUUUGAUGUUUUCUCCUGUAUGUUCUCUUGUUGUGCCUCAGCUCCCUACAUUUGUUGCAUUUGUUAUGUUGUUUCUUUUCCCAUCAAGCUUCCAUCCUUUUUUUUUUUGUCUUCUAGAUUUCACCACUUUAAUGGAAGGUAAGACUAUUACUGUCCAUGAUUCUUUCAUUCUAUAUUUGCAAGAACUUUCUUUGUUAAUUUUGUGCACAAACAAAGUUAAUUUUUUAAUCAUUUUUUUCUUUUAUUUUUUUUAUUUAUUUUAGUGUUGUUUUUCAUGAUUUAUUUAGCUAUUUUUGUGGUUUUUUUUAUUCUGGUUCUCCUAUAAAUACAUUUGACGAGCUCACUCAUAAGAGAGUUUUGAGGUGUGUGUUUCUUUUAUAUUUUUUUAAGUAGUUAUAUUUGCUUCAUUUGUUUUUGUGUUGUUUCAGUGUUGUUGUAGUAGUUUUUUUUUAUUAUAAUUUUCUAGGAAUAGACUUGCAAAUAUAGUUGAUUUUGCAUCUGGUGUUGAGGUUGUGCAGCAGAUUGUUUGUUUUUUUUAAUCAUUUUUUUCUUUUGUUUUGUUUGAUUGUUUUAGUGUUGUUUUACCGUUGUUUUGCCAUGAUUAUUUAUUUGACGUCGAUUUCACUGCUUUUGCUCAAUCUUGUCGAAAUUAAUAGUUAUUUUUCGGUUGUCCUGGUGUUGUUGUGGUGGUUCUGUCUGUGGUUGUGAAAGAUGGAGGUCUCAUACUUUUGUUUUGGUAUUUAUAGUAUAAAAGAAAAAAAAUAGGGGAGGACAGUAUAAAUGUUAUUUCUGCCGUGUGGCAGUAAAAUUGAAAAAUAUUACCCCAAAUCCAGUAUUUUUAUAAAAUGCCCUGUAUAUAACAUCAAUAGAAGAAUGCAAAAAGGACUUGUUUUUGGCUUUUUCAUUUUUGUCUUCUUCUUUGUAUUUACUUUUUCUUUUUCUUUCAUUAAUUUGUUUUCUUUUCUUUCAUUUAUUAGUUUUUUAUUUAAUAAAAAAAAUUCUUUUCUUUACGUUUUUCUCUUCUUAUUUUUAUUUGCCUUUUCUAUUUGAGAUUUUUACACCUGAUGCCACAUUUCAUCAUUUUUUUACUUUUUUGUCAUUACACGGUCUAUUAAACUUUUAUACCUUUUACAGUUUUCAAUUUUAGUUUUCAAAAAGUUUCAUAAUUACAAAACUACCUUUACCAUGCAUAUGUCAUCUUCUCUUCACACGUUCACGCAUGCCACCUCAUAACUCCAUUUUUCCUUUUUUUUUUGAUUUUUUUUUUCUCUGCUUCUUUUCGUCUUCAACAGUUGCUUCCCACGAUCACCAUUUUCAAGCCCUAACCCAUUUCUUCUUCCCACGAUCACCUUCUCCAAGCCCUCACCUACGUUUUCCUCAACCUACAUUGUCAUCCUCCCCUGUUUUUUUUCUAUAUAAAUGGCAACCACUAGAAGUGGUUCGAAAUCCCCAUCUCUGGCCAAGAAACACCCUAAAAAAUCUAAGAAGCCUCCAACUGUUUCUUCCAAAGUCGAAGCUAAGAUGGGGUUAAAAAAAAUUACUAAGAAAUUAGUGGGUGAUGUUCCAGAGAAAUCGGGCACUAAGAAAAGAGCCCUUCCAGUUAAGGUCGACGCUCCUAAGCCUAAGAGAGCUAAAAUUUCCAAGUCUGCACGCGAUGUAAGUUUCUUUUUGUUGUUUUUCAAUUUUUCUUUAGUUUUUUUCUGGUUGUUCUAUUUGUUGUAUUACAUUUGAUGAUUUAAUGUUUUCCCCAUUUUUGUUCUAGGUUUCUUCAGAUUCUGAUUUUGAGGAUGAAGUGCAUGCUGAGGACCAAAAGCCUAAACUUAAAUCGAAGGUAAUUUUAAAUUGCUUGGUAUCAUUUUAUUGAGUUAAUUUUUACAUCAGCUUUUUAGGUCACUGAUUUAGUUGUUUAUCAUCAUUUUUUUAUGUUUUGUGUUGUUCUUUAUGUAUUUCUGUCAUGUAUUAUGGUUGAUGUUGUUUUCUUGUUUUUAUUCAGUUGUUGUUUGGUUGUUUUAAAAUUACACAGUUCAAUUCGUAUUGUGUUACAGUUAUUUACUGCAAUUUCCCCAUUGGUUGUUUAUAUGUUUAUUGUGAGUUUUUUUUUUCGGUUGUUUACCACAAUAUUAGUAUUGAGAAGCAUUUUAGUAAUUUCAUUUUCAACAAGAUGUUACAGUGUUGUCAAUACUUUAGUUAUUUAUAUGUUUAUUGUGAGUUUUUUUUUCGGUUGUUUAUCACAAUAUUAUUAUCGAGAAGCAUUUUAGAAAUUUCAUUUUUAACUAGCUUUUACAGUGUUGUUAAUACUUUUAGUUGUUUAUCUGUUUAUUGUUAGUUUUUUUUUGGUUGUUUAUCAUUAUAAAAUUUUUACUUUUUACAAACAACUACAGUGUUUUAAAUAUAUUUCGUUUGUUUAUCUGUUUAUUGUGAGUUUUGUUUGGGUUUUUUUUAUGAUAAUUUCAGUAUUCACAACCAUUUUAUAACUUUUAUUUUUCACAAGUUGUUACAGCGUUGUUUAUGUAUUUUUUGAAAGCUGUUUAUCUUUUACGUUUAUCAUACUGUAACGGUUUCAUAAAUGUUGUUUUAGGUUUUGUAUUGGUUGUAUUUUGGUUACUACAUUUUAUAUUUGCCUUGUUCUUGUUGCUCAGAUUUGUUGCUUAUGUUUUAUUUUGUAUUUCUAUUUUUUUGCAGGUCCAUGUUAGGACCUCAGAGAAGGUUGAAGGAUUUGACUUACCAAAAAAAAAAAUCCCCCUAAGGUGUCAUUUUUUUUAAAAAAAUUGUUUUUAUUAUUUGUUUUCUGUUUUUGUUUUAGUUUUUUUGUUUUGUCCUCAUUUUUUUUUUGUUUCAAUUGAUACAUGAAUGGGAUUAUAUUUAUGAUCAGAAGAAUCUCUUCAUUGCUACUUUCCAGGUGAUAGAAAACAUUAAGUCUUGCCUUUCACCUGAACAACUUGAAAUGUUUUCCAAAACCUGUUUUGGACAUUUCCUUAAGCUUCCUGAUUUUAAAGUUCAACCGCAAGUGUUUCAUGGGUUGUUAUUGCGGGAGGUUCAGCAACCUAAUGAUGCUGAGUUGUGGGUAAUGAUACGCGGUGUUAUGCUUAGGUUUAGCAUUGAGGAGUUUGCUUUGAUUACUGGUUUAGACUGUGAAGGUGACUGUAGUGUUUUAGAUUUUAAGCAAGACGUUAAUCGUCUUUCUGAAAAAUAUUGGCCAACUUCAUCCUCUAUCACUAAGGAAUCUGUUAGGGAAUGUUUUACCACCAAGAGGUGGGGUGAUUCUGAUGAGGAUGCUGUGAAGUUGGCAGUUUUGUAUUUUGUGGAAUGGUUUUUGCUUAGUGGCACUAAGCAUAAAAAUGUACCUAGGAUUUUAGAUGUUGUAGACAGUGGGAGGUACAAUGAAUUUGCUUGGGGACAGAGUUCUUUUGAACUGACUAUUUCGUCAUUGAAGGGUAAGCUUGACAGUUGGGUUGAAGGUGUUAGGAAGGCAAGGAGUUCGGGAAAGAGGCCAAGUGUUUUUUACACUUUGAUUGGUUGUCCUCAUGUUUUUCAAAUUUGGUUCUAUGAGUGUUGUAAGUACAUGAAAGGUAAGUAUUGCCAAAAGGAAAACUCUCGUAUUCCAAGGAUUAUUCAGUGGACAUGCAAUAGUCAGCCGACUUUCAAAGUUUUGAAGACUAUUAUUUUUUAUGUUUCCAAAGAUAAGCUGGAACUAUCAAAUAUGAGGCCCACUGCUGCUGAGUUCAAAGCUUUGAAAUUGAGCAGUUUCAAGUUUGACACUGACUACAAUUCUUACAAGAGUGUUCCUGUUCCCGAAGAGCCUUCUGUUGCUCAGAGUGACAUUUCUGUCAAGCUUGAUGCUUUUUCUGAGAAAUUUGAUGGGUUGGAGGUGAAGAUCGAUUUGCUGCAUACUUCCCAACAGAAGAUUUCUUCCGAUUUGGUUGAGUUGAAAGAGUUUGUGUCUGCACAGUUUGUUUCUUUUGGUGCUCAGAUGGCUUCAAUGCAGACACAGUUUUCUACUGUUUUUGCCGAUUCUUAUGCUAAGGACAAAGGCAGUGACUCUUCCAAUGAUGAUGGUGGAAGUGGUAAUGAAGAAGAUUUUGAUUUAGAUGAAUCUAAAGAAACUGAUGGCAAUGAAGAAGAGAAUGUUAUGGGUGAUGAAGAAGGUGAAGGUAGUGAAGGUGAAGAGAAGGAUGGUCAAGCUGAUGAAGAUUCUGAGUCAAAAGAAAAAAAUGAUAAGGGCAGUGAUGAUGAAUGCACUGAUAGUGAGGAGAAGGUAGAUAAGUAGACAAUGUAAC